AUAAAUUGCUUCCGGCGACGUUGAAAGGCAAGGAACAGCGAACAUUUUUCAAUCUUUGCAUUUCACACGAACAGGAAAAGGAUAAGGUGAAAUGGCAGAUGUUAACAAAUUGGUGUUCUCAAUAAUACGUUUUCUGGAGGAUCAGAAAACGGCUGCAAAUCUUAGUGAUGAAGGAGUAGAAGGAUUAGAAGUUGCAAUACAGUGUUUAGAGUCCACAUAUGCUGUAAGCACACAAGAUCCAGCACAAGUGAAGAAGCUGUCUGUGCCAAAAAAUUUACUGGACAUCUUUAAUUCUCAGAUAUCUAGUGAGCCAGAAGCAGAAUUUGAUUCUUUGUCAAUACAUGAACCAACACCAGAAGAAAAAGAAGAGGCAGAAAUAUUAAAAAACAAAGGAAAUGAGUUCAUGAAGGCAGAGAAAUUUUCAGAUGCUUUGGAAUGUUAUACACAAGCUUUGAAACUAGAUAGUCAUAAUUCAGUAUUUUUCUGUAAUAGGGCAGCAGCAUAUAGUAAAUUGAACAAACAUGUAAAAGCUAUAGAAGAUUGUGAAAAGGCAUUAACAAUAGAUCCACAGUAUAGCAAGGCAUAUGGUAGGAUGGGUAUAGCAUACACAGCAUUAAAUGACCAUGAAAGUGCACUGGAAUGUUACAGAAAAGCUUUAGAAUUAGAUCCUACUAACCAGUCAUAUCAAAAUAAUCUAGAAAUAGCCGAACAAAAAUUAAAAGAAGAAGCUGCUAAGGCAGGCUUUGGUUUAGGAUCAGGUGGUGGUGGUAUACCCAUGGAUUUUAGUCAGAUAUUAAAUAACCCACAUGUAAUGGAAAUGGCAACACAAAUGAUGGGUAAUCCACAAAUGCAGCAAAUGAUGUCAAACAUGAUGUCAGGGUUUGGUGCUCCUGGGGCAGGAGGUAAUCCAGAGGAAGCACCAGAAGGGGGAGCCCCAGGAGUACCGGGAGUACCGGGAGGAAUCGGUAACAUAUUACAAAUUGGUCAGCAAAUGGCCUCACAGAUGCAAGAAAGUAAUCCUGAGCUUGUAGCACAAUUACGACAACAAAUGGGUAGACCACCUAAUAAUCCAGAUGGAAGUAAUGAUGCUGAUAGCAAUCCUGAUCCCCAACAACAAUGAUGUGAUUAACUGUACUGUAAAUUGAUGUUUAUUUUGUCGUGAUGGAAUCUGUAAACUGAUAAAAGAUAUGGAAGAAGAAAUUUGUAUAAGGAUUGAUCACUCAACUCUGGAAACCAGAAAUUUGUCUUUGUAUACUAAAGAGAUAUCCGCCUACUAUGAAAGAUAUUUUUUUAAAUAUUACCAUGUAUGUUUAUUUUUUUUUAAUUUCAAAUAAUUUGUCAAUCAAUUAUUUAUGGAAAUCUAAGAUAUUAAAACUAAUUUUAUAAUACAUGAUGGCUAUAUUUUAGGCAUUUUUUAAAAUAAUCAGAUCAGCUGAGAUUCAUAAUGAAAAGAGGUAAGAAAGGUAAAUGGAGGCUGUGACUGCAGCCUGCCUCAUUUAAAAAAAUGGUUACCUACUGUCAUUUGUAUCAUCUUGAGUCAUUUGAAUAUUACAAAUAAAUUGCAGUAGUAUGUGGGAAGUUCAAUGAAUUUAAAUUUGCCUGUUUGAUAAUUUAUCCAAGAUUAACUGAUAUUUAAACUUUUUUGGAAUAACUAGCAGUUGGUUUUAAAAAGAGGGCUGCAGAGCCAGUUUUGAUAAGUAGCCGUUAUUUUUACCUUAGCAUUUAAUGAAUAAAUGGUUCACUUUAAAAACAGAAUAUUUAUUGAGUCUUCUACACACUGAAGUAGUUUAGCUGUAAAAUUGUAUAAUGAUCAAGAUUAAUACAUGAAUUGGUACGUGGUACAUGAAGAUUCAUUGAUGAAUAUUUGUUUUCAGUGUUAAAUAUAUUUAUUAAUGAGUUGUUUAUUUUAUUAGUAUAUUUAAUAAAUGCAUAUUUAUCAUU